GGUUUGUGUUAGCUUUGCCGGUAUACGCGCGCGAUACUCUCCUGCAGUUAUCCGUUCCUGCUGCUACCGAUAAGUCUAUUAAGUCAGUCGAUUGACUUACGUGCCGGGAAAAAAUAAUUCGCGUUUAGAGAUUUUAAUAAAUUAAUAAAAAAUAAAGACAAUGGCAGUGCAAAUGCAUAGAAAUAUGGUGCCCAGGACCACCAUCGAGAGAUUUAAGUUCACUCGAUAUGAGUCCUUGGACGAACCAAUGUCACCACCGAUUACCCCCACCACCCCAGUUAGUCCCAAAGAAUAUGACAUACAGUUGGCAACGUCGGCAGAUAAGGAAGACAUUCUCAUCUUUUUGAGGGAAUUUUUCUUCAAAGAUGAACCACUGAAUAACUAUUUAGGUUUGAUAAGUGAAGAUCGGCCCAGGUGUAUAGACCUAGAAGAAUAUUGCACCAAAGAACUGGACAAUGGACUUAAUUUGAAGGCUGUGCACAAUGGAAAGAUUAUAGGCCUUAGUUUGAAUGGUAUUUUAGAAAGAGGUUACUUAGACAAAGAGGAUGACUACAAAGUCACGGAUCCAAAAUUCAGUAAAAUCAUAAGGCUGCUGGAUAGAGUGGGCAAAGAAUCGGAUAUUUUUGCCAGGUUUCCAGAGUUCGACAAGACGGUAACUGUCAAAAUCCUGUCAGUAAAUGGAGCUUACAGGGGACAGGGUAUUGCCAAGGAACUUGUCAAUAAAACUAGGGAGUUGGGUAAACAAUAUGGUGCCGGAUUCAUGGCAGUGGACUGCACCAGCCAUUUCACAGCCCUAGCCCUAAGAAAAUUAGGAUUUGAACUCCACUACUCGCUCAAAUACGCCGAUCACAAAGAAAAUGGCCAGGUUGUGUUCAAACCUGAAAAACCUCACGAAGCUGUCACAGUAUACGUUCAAAAAUUCUAAUUUAUUAACUCUAUUUUUAUUGGUGUAGUGUAUGCAUGUUGUGUAAGGAAAAAAUAUAUCUGCUCUAUUUUUCUGAGUAGAUUUUUUAAAGAAAAAGUAUAUUAUAAACCAAAAGAAUGUAUUUUGACUGAUUACUUUGAUUCUGCUCAAGAUUUUACAUGUACUCUAAAUAAAACGGACCUAUUUUUGUCAUUAUUUUUAUUUUAUUUCGUAGAACUACCAUUUAGCGCUGUUUUUUAAAACCAUAUGUGAUCAAAGAAAUGAAAAACUACUUAUAUACUGUCUUAUUUACCAACUUACAUUAGUUUAGUUUCGGUUGCACUAUAUCUAUCGCAUAAGUUCUUAAAAAUGACAGCUAGCUAAUCGUGAAUUAUUUAAAAUUCUUUGAAAUAACAUAAGAAUUAAAAAUUCAAUCUUAAAUAAGGCAAUAUUCAUUUCUAAACCAACUCUGACAUCGUUUUUUUUUUCGAUCGUAUUAUUAUAAAAUAUGAUCGAAAAAAAAACAAACGGCGUCAGUGAUGGCAUUGAAAUGAAGAUCGCUGUCAUUUUAUAUGUAAAAUUAUAUGGGGAAUGUCACCGAUCGUUAUAGAUUUGAAAUAACUCAGGACUGAUUUUUAAUCUUUAUAAACUUAACGAUAUACAGUACGUCUACUGGAUCUGUGUCUAUGAAAGGAAUGCGGACA